CGUAGUUUUUUCGAGAUGCGAUGCGGGUUACUGUCCGAAAGUUUGCGAUCACGUAUUAGAUGAGAAAGAAUUUACACUUUCUAUUGGAAGAUUACGCAGCUAAAUGUAGAUGAUCGUUUGAGAUUACGAAUCUGUAAAUAAAAUCAAUUUUAUCAAAAUUAACGUGUCACGCGUAUGUAGUUUUCUUGUUAGCGAAUAGAUGAUUUAAUAUUAAAAAGAAAAAUCCACCUUUGACUUGUCCAAUAUCCUAUUAUCUAUAGUUUGAUUGACUAAUGAAACAGAAAUAGGAAUAAAACUAAUCAUGUCUGAAUGAAUAAUACACCGGAAUGUCGUAUGUUUUCCAUCUUUUCGUCAUUAAGAACUUUCAUCGAUAGAAAAAGGAGUAGUUGUUAUUAAACCGUUCCAGAUGAUCUUCUUGAUCUUGAAAUGUCAUUGAUUUCUCCCUCGGUGUUCGUUCUCUCCUGCAUUAUUCGUUACCGUCGUUGACCAAAGGCUCCGUAAAAUCUGCCUAUUUUUAAAAUUAAUCAUUCGAUUAUAAAAUGUUAUCAUUCUGGAACUAUAACGGACACUAAAUGUCAUGUUAAACAGUGUAUAAAAUUCGUUGCACCUACACGAACCAUCUUGACUCAGUGUACUGCGUUAUUGUAAUGGACAGUGUGAACUUGCGAGCAAUACUCUUCAGAGCAACAACAAUUUGUGUCUCGAAACAUUUUCGCAUGUUAGAGACGAUCCAUUUUUGACGAAGGAUCGGGUAGUUUAGUGCUAUUUAACUUUGGAACAAUUUACGAUGGAUCGGUUCUUACCGUUAGACUGCGUCUGUCUGAAAAAUUUGGCUCAGCAAUGCAUCGCCCCUGCUAUUUCCUAUCAAAAAUCCAAGUCCAUAUCGGACGAUUCUCCGAUAUACCACUGUAUCACCUUGAGACAAAUGGUUUCAUCUUCGCGGUACGCAAUCACGGCGACAACACUUUUUCUACAAUAUUAACGAACAACGAACUCUUCGUAGUUGGUUCCGAUUGUUCACCUCGAACUUGCACUUAGAACACAGUUUACGUAUUUUAUCUCUACAUGUAUGUAUAUCGCUGUUUCAAUCUUUUCAUAAAUUUUUGCGAUUCUUACGUGCAUUUAGUUCUACUCGGUUUCAUUAUAGUCAGUUUCACAAUAGGCCUUUCAAAUAUAAGAUUAAUAUAAAUAAGACUAAACGUCUAGAUAAACUCGAAAUAUCCGUAUGUCUGACACAUAAAUGACGGUGUAAGGGAGUAUGGCAGUCUUGGAAGAAACACGGAUCGCUAAAAAUCCUAUAAAUUAUUACGUUCUCUAUCUCUUCAGCUAUUUCAUAAGUAUCGCCUUUUGUAAGCGGCGCGAGUAAGCUCUCCUAUAACUAACUGAAUAUAUAACUUAUCGCAUCCAGAAAUAUGUGAUUUCCUACCAGUUCCAGGCCGUUUUAUUACACGUCAUAUUCACAAACGCUAACUCUGUUGCGUGAGAUCGCCUCCCUCUGCACCUGUUUGACCCUUACCGCAACCGGCCUCCAUGUAUAAUGCAAACAAUAAUUGUCAUCGUUGAAUCAACCAGCAGUGCAAGAAACCAGCAGCGAAAUCAACAACCUGUCCGCAAGUGUAACGCCACAUAUGAUUUAUUAAAUUGCUCGUGUGUACAAGAUAAAAUUUCAUACGGAUUCAAACGUCCACAAACGGCCAGUUGUCUUCGACGCGACGUAGCAAUGUUUUGAACUGAACGAAUAUUCUUCUGUUGAACUUUAUUAAACUCUAUUUCGUUCGUACAAAGUACGCAGUCUCCUGAAAUCAUGUCGAAACGAAUGACGCCGGAGAAAGUGAUCGACAUCAUUUGGUUUAGCGUAGCUUUGACUUUCUGUUGGCCGCUUCCUAUCAAUAGCAGCGGAACGCGAAUUCUGGUUCACAAAAUUUUGCAGAUCAGUAGCGUUAUUAGCGCUUGCAUGCUUCUUCUGCCUUUGCUAUAUUCGAUUUAUCUGCACCUAGACGAUAUAAUCAUUGUUUCCGAAUGCAUCUGCCUAUUUUUAGGUGUGAGUCAAGCUAUAGUUCAGUCUAUUAUCUGCUUGAUCAAUCACGAUUCUCUGCAACACGUAGUCGAGGAAAUGAUAAUCUGCGUUAAACAAGCGCGAGAAUACGAAAGGGAAAUUUUUUCCAAGCAUAUCGCGCGAUGCAGCGUCUUUUAUGCAAGUUCUAUUAUGUGCAUAUACCUGGCUGCGACUGCUUUUUCGAUAGGACCUGCAAUCUUGCCGCUAUCCUUCCCAAGCGAAGCGGAAUACCCAUUUCGCGUUAAUUAUACGCCAGUGUACGUUAUCAUAUACAUGCAGCAGUCUAUCCUCAGCUAUCAAUGCGUUGCACAUAUAUGCCUAAGCAUGUUUGGAUCGCUUCUAUUUUGGUUCACCGCCGCGAGAUUCCAGUGUUUGGCCAUGGAAUUAAAAAGGACUGCAGACGUUCGUACGCUGAUCGUUUGCGUUGAGAAACAAUUACAUUUGAGAAGAUACGCAAAAGAAGUGGUGGAUAAUUUUCGUUUCAUAGUGCUUUACGCUAUAGGAGUAAGCACGUCUGCUCUAACUUUAUGUGGUAUUAUAUUGCUCGUGGAUGUACCGCCAAUGGUGAAAAUACAGUUCGUAACUGUAUGCCUCACUGUACUUACGGAGAUUUAUGUAUACGCGUGGUCAGCCGAUUACAUGAAAGAUAUGAGCAUAAAUGUCUCACGGAGUGCAUACGACAUAAUAUGGUACAAGCAGAAGUUAGAAAUGCAAAAAAAUCUAUUGACUAUGCUGGAAUGUCAGGAACCAAUAACUCUCUCUGUGAGUUGCAUAAUACCAGAGCUUUCUUUGCGUUACUUCUGUUCGGUAAGGCAGUAUCUGUCCAAUACUUUCUCCAUCUUCACCACUUUACGUAUCGUGAUCGAAGAUAAUGCAGAAUAAAUGCGAAUAAAAGAAUAUGGACAUUGUUUUAAUUGUAUAUUAUGGAACGAUGCUUUUAUUGUGAUUAGUCGUGAUUAAAAUCCCAAUUGCAAACUAAGCUCUGUAACCACCAAAUUAUUAUAGGAAACAAGUUUAUAUCAAGCUAUAAUUUUUUUUUUUAAUAUAAUGCUACAAUAAGAUACGUUGUUGGAAUAUAUUUCUGGCUCUUGCAACAGCUGCGUCAUUUGUAAUUACCCGUUUUAUGAUAAUUAUUCUGUCAACCAAUAGCUUUUCUUUUGUCUGUAGUACCAGAUUAGUUCAUAGGCCCGUGCGUAUUUUUAUUUAUAGAGAGGUGGGUGGGUG